CGUUGCUUCAAAAUUGCGAUGAUCAGGUUAUGCGGCCGCUACUGUCAGGGCCCGAAUGGACUCAAUGCCAGUGGCUGUGAUGCCCGGAGUCGGACCGGGAUAUCGCCGUAGAAAGUCUUGAUAGCGAGGAAUCUCCACUUAGACAUUUAGUUGAUGCAGCAUCAGGCAAUGACUUUUGCCCCGGAUUAUUCAGCUCGGAUAUAAGGUCAACCGGUUGAAACUAUAAAGCUACAAGCCCCAGAGUAAGCCAAGUAGAGACAGGUCUUCACAUCUCUUCAUUCGUUCUUCCAGUCAAGAUGGUCUUCAAGAGCCUGCUGACCGGUCUGGCCCUGCUGGGCUCAGCAUUCGCCGCCAACGAAACUCUACCUGCAAGACUCCUCGACCUGGGCAAUGGCGUUAUCGGGGGUCUGUACCAUCCAUCCAACCCAGGCCCAAGGGCGAACGUUGCCGUCUUCGUCAUGCACACCGAGCAAGACUACCUCAACUUCGUCGCCUGUACGGAGCUGUACAAGCGCGGCUACACGUCCGGGAAGAUGACGGACCUGGCCUUCGAAGACAUGUUGCAGAACACCGGCAGCGGCAUUUCCUACCUACGCAACCAGACCUACAUCGACAAGAACAUUGCAGAGAAUGGCGUCUCGGCAUGCAAUGGCCCUGAGAAGCUCUACCCCUGCUCAGACGACCUGGCCAACCUCCCCGCUGCAGACGGCUUCAUCUCCGUCGACGCCAACUACGGUCUGUCGACGAUGACCUUCCUCAGUGUCAACCCGGCCAUCACGGACGAGGACAGCGGUCUGAAUAUCAACGCCUCGCUGGACCUGUACAACCCGGCCAACGGCUACACGUCGAACGGCGCCAACUACUCCACCUCCUUCAGAAAGUCCUACCAGACUGGCGUCAUCGCCCGCUGGAACCGUAUCAUCGACCACGCGCUGAACUGCAGCAAGGCCAUCGCAGCUGGAAACGGCCUCUACGCUGACGACGAGCCGCUUACUAUCCCCGAUGCCAACUACGUCGGUAUGAACAACAAGUUCUUCGCUGAGGAUACCCGCUUCCUCGCACACACCACACACGCCUGGCCUCUUCUCCACAAGGGCGGUACCAAUAGCACCCAGGUUGUGCAUUCUGUCCGUGUUCCCACGGCUAUCGGCUCUUUUGCAUCCAAGUUCUACGACGGCGCCAUCAAGUCUUCCAUUAACCGCUUCCUGGAAACACUGGCCAUCCGUGUUAACGACAACUUCGAGUACCUCCCCGACAGACUUGAGGGUAUCGAGUGGAACUCUAGCCAGACGGCACCAAUUUCUUCUGUGGCGGGUGUCAGCGUCCCGAUCCUUGCUAUGGGUAUGACGGGUCACUGGGAGUAUCUCAAUGCGGAGAAGAUCUAUCUCAACUCGGACAGUGAUGAUAAGUCGAUUGCGUUUGUGGAGGGUGCGUCGCAUACUAUUAACGUUUGUACUGAGUGUGAGUCGUAUUCGGGGCAGUAUGGGGAUACGGUGAAGACGUGUUUUGAUCAUAUGGAUAAAUGGUUGCGCCAGAAGGGUCGCUUUGUGGGAGCGAUAUGCAUAUGAAGUUGCUUCGGUAGCGCCAAUAACCAAGACCACAGAUCCAAGCUGGAUAGUUCGUUUGCAUCCGAAGAGGUCUGCUGUCCAGGCUUGGAGAAUUGCUCCCGC